UAAAUAAUCAGAAGUUACCGGCAAGGGAGUAGCAGAAAAGCUCAGACGUAUAGAGAGAGAGAGAGAGAGAGAGAGAGAGAAGCGAAGCGAACCUGAGCCAAGGAAACAUGCCGUCCCGCUAUCUGCUUGCUGUUGCUGCUCCCUCUUCACUGUUCCCUGCACUCAGUUUUGACAGCCACGGUCAGCUCUCGAAUCAGACACUGUUUCCUCGCGGUUCAGGUCAAGGGUUCGUGAGAGCAAGCAGGAAUCUUAAAGUUUAUCGCCUAAAGGCCAACUUCUGGGACACUAUAAGAUCUGGAUUCCUGAAGAACAAUACAACCCAAAUUGUUGAUCCCCCUCCCACACUUGAAGAAGGAGAGGAAGCACAAAAAUUACCUGAGGAGUUUGUUCUCAUUGAGAGAACGUUGCCUGAUGGGGCCACAGAAGAGAUACUGUUUUCUUCAGGUGGAGAUGUCGAUGUAUAUGAUCUUCAAUCACUAUGUGAUAAGGUGGGAUGGCCUAGGAGGCCAUUGUCUAAACUUGCUGCUGCGUUGAAAAACAGCUACAUGGUGGCAACUUUACAUGCCAUUCAAAAAUCUCCUGGAUCAUCAGAUGGGAAUGAACAAAAGAAACUAAUUGGUAUGGCACGGGCAACAUCAGAUCAUGCCUUCAAUGCUACAAUUUGGGAUGUCCUAGUAGAUCCUUCCUAUCAGGGCCAAGGCCUCGGGAAGGCCCUUGUUGAAAAUCUUAUAAGGGCUCUUUUGCAAAGGGACAUUGGGAAUAUAUCACUCUUUGCAGAUAGUAAAGUGGUCGAGUUCUAUCAGAAUUUAGGCUUCGAGGCCGAUCCAGAGGGAAUCAAAGGAAUGUUCUGGUACCCGAAGUAUUAGCCACCCAAUGACACAAUUGAUUCGGUGCACUUCUGUUCGGCCUGCUCAUGCUGCUUCCCAGGAAUGGAUCGAGAAUUGGACUGAAGCCGAAGUUUCAGCACUUGUAAAUAUAACUAAUAGAACGAACUCUUCUGUUUUUGGGCUCUACUGGUGAAAUGUGAUCACUUAAGAGAGGCAUUGUUGAGAACCCUGGGUCAAAGGUUGCAGAAGGAAAUUUUUAUUGGGUCAGAGGCAAUGCUUCACUUUCACAUGGAAGAAAGACAACCUCAUCUGCUUUCAUUGACCAAAAAAAAUAAAAAAAAAGAAGAAGAAGACAGGACAUCCUUGUAGUGAUAGAGAGGUGGAAUGCAUUGUCAUUUCAAGUCUGCCCAUGGAAUGAAUGCCUUGUAUUCGGUCAUCACAAUUGAUCUUGCGGUGGGGCUGGAACGAAUGCUUGUAUUAAGCAUACCUUUUACGAUAAUUUAAUAUUUUGGAAAUUGAUAUUAUAU